AUGGAAGACUGUAAGAGGGAAGCAUGCUCUCCACAGAGCAGCAUUAGUGACACAUUAUCACAGGAGCAGCAGCAACAACAGCAGCAAGAACAGCAGCAGCAGCAGGAACAGCAGCAGCAGCAGGAACACCAGCAGCAGCAGCAUGAGUUGCGAUUGCCAUCCAUAGACUUUUCUCCAGGGGGUAUGUAUCAUUUUCCUGUGUCUCUUCAAGGCCCCGAUUUGCUGCUGCAGCAGCUGCAUGCGCUGCUGCAGUGUCUAUUUAAUAUGGGGGUACUGCAGCAGCUAGCUGUCCCUUGUUUGGAGGUAAUAGAGAAAAAUAUUAGUAAAAAUAUAUGUACUUCUUUUGUUCCUUAUCUGAAUCCUCGUCCUCGUCGUCGUCGAGCAGCAGCAGCAGCAGCAGCAGCAGCAGCAGCAGCAGCAGGAGCAGCAGCAGGAGGAGAGGAAGCAGCAGCAGGAGAGGAGGAAUCGAUGUCUUCUGCAUCGAUAGGUUAUUCAUCAUCAUCUGAUGACGAAGACACAGAUGAGCAGCAGCAACAGCAGCAACAGCAGCAAGAGCAGCAAAAGGAGCAGCAAGAACAGCAGCAGCAGCAAGAAUUAACAGAAAGGGAUAGACAAUUAACACGUACAUAUUCAGCUCUUGAUGUUAUUGAUGAUAUUCCUUCUGCUGCUGCUGCUGCUGCUGCUGCAGCAGGAGCAACAGGACAGCAGCAGCAACAGCAGCAGCAGCAGCAACAGCAGCAACAGCAGCAGCAGCAGCAGCAGGAGGAGGAGGAGGAGGAGGAGGAGGAGGAGGAACUCCAUCUCCUAUAUACGAAGGCCCAACAGUUCCAUUAUAUCGUCCUCCCUUACCAUCAUCCUUAUCAGCAGCAGCAACAGCAGCAGCAACAGCAGCAGCAGCAGCAGCAGCAGCAGGAGGAGGAAUAG